AUGCAGGGACCCCAGCUGUCAGCAGGCGGCGCCAGCCUCGUUCUGGAGCCUGCCCCCGGCACCCCGGCCCUGCAGUGGCCGAUCGCGUCGCGGGGCAAGGCGAAGUACGGCACCGACCCCACCGGCGCCGCCAGCUGGCAGGUGGCGGCCAAGGGGUACCCCGACGCGGUGCAGCUGACCGCCAGCUACGACAGUAACCUCGCGCCGACGAAGCUCGGCACGCCGAAGGUGGCGUUCAAGCGCAACGAGGGCGUCCUCCCCAAAAUCGACUACCUGCCCCUGUCCGGCGCGCCCGGCCUGCAGCUGGUCGCCAACACCCUGAAGGCCUCAAAGGGCAUCAGCAGCCCCACCUACGUGUCCCAGACGUUCCUGCAGUAUGCCAGCGUUUUUGUAGGGAAGGAGCUGACAUCAUGGGUCACUGACACCCGCGGCACGCCGCCGCCGGCGGUGGAGGGGGCAGAGGUGUCGGUGUAUCUGUCGGUGUAUGGGAAGCCCGCUAUCAAGGGGCCCAGCUGCACGACCGGCUCUGAUGGCAGCUGCACGGUGAAGAUGGACAGCCUGCUGGCCGGCAGGUACGGCUCCCUCACCUCGCUGGUUGAGGCCCCCGGCCACGGCCUGCUGCUCGUCAGCACCAUGGACACGCCCUACAUCCCCUCCGCCGCCGACGCCGCGGCCGACGACGCGUCCAAGUGGGCGGGGCAGCUGGUGCUGGACCGCGCGCUGGUCAAGCCCGGUGACACGCUGCACGUGACGGGGUUCCUCCAGAGACGCAACGGCCUCCGCCUGUCCCUGCCGCCGGCGAGCCUUUUCUCAGCCACCCUCUCAGUCACUCCCAACUGGAACACUUCUGCGGGCGACAUCGUGAGGCUCCCGGUCACGAUAGAGCCGGGUUACGGCAGCCUCCACGCGAACAUCAGCGUGCCCGCCUCGGCGCAGCUUGUGCAGUACGAGGUUGCGCUGUUGCUGCCGUCGACAAAGGAGGGGGCGGAUGGUGUGUCCGUGGCUACAGAAACUUUCCAGACGGCGGACCCGAGGCCGCCAACAGCAGUGCUCAACCUGACUACCCCGACCUGGGCGGUGCCAAACGGCACCGUCAAGGCGCUGAUCAAGGUGACGUCAUACCUGGGGGCCGACGUGUCUGACGCAAUGGUCAAGAUCACGUGGACCGUCCCGAAGGCUUCUGGCGCCAUCAACGUCACAACAGACGCGCGGGGCCGUGCCGUUGCCCUGAUCCCCCUAGGGGAGCUCCCUGCUGCCAACGCCACAGUCCUCGGGGACGCCCUUCAGGUGACGGCCAAUUGGGUGGGCCCGACCGGCGACCCUUACACUUCCACCAAGACCGUCACCAUCGCCGAGGGCCCCGUGCGCAGCACGCUCGAAGCCUCCCCGACCACCGACGUGCCCGGCGUGCCGUUCAUCGUGAAAGCCACCACCUUCCUGGACAACGCCGCCAUCGAGGGCGUCACCGUGGAGGUCACCCUCGCCCCCAAGAACUCGAGCAGCCUCGCCGACUGCUCCGCCGCCGAGCGGGCCGCGGUCGCGAGGCAGCGCUGCGUGGUCGUGUCUGGGAAGCCAACGGUCGGCGCGGACGGCGGCGCGUGCAGCCUCACGCUGCCGUGCGCAGCAGACCUCUUCCUGCAGGCCUGCGCUGUCUCGUAUGCAAACGGGACCAAGGUCAAGGGCGGGUUUGGCGGGCGGCCGCCGUGCUCCCGGACGCCGGUCGGGCGCAACACCACUGCGUGGGCCCAGGGCCCCUGGUCCUUCCAGCCGCAGCUGUCGCUGCUCAAGGACAGGGAAAACUACACGCUGGGAUCGACGGCCACCCUCAGUUUCAGCGUGCCGAGCUACGCGGGCCCAACCUCGGGCCUACUGAUCUGGGGCAACUCCGACGUCCGGAAGUCCAAGAGCCUCCCGAAGAUCUCGCCGGGCCCCAACAGCGUCACCAUUGGCCCGCUCGGCGACGAGUGCCGCGGCGGCUGCAGGGUCGCGCUGGUCGUCUCCGUCGGCCGCAACACGGCAAAAUCGGCGCCCGCCCUCCUGCCGCGCGUCCCCACCAGCCGGCUGUUCGACCCGCUCUCCCCCUACACCCUCUCGGAUGCCGUGAGCCUCUCAAUUCUGGGAGACAACCGGCUGGGCGUAACCGUCGCCGUGGAGGGCGCCGAGGGGCUGCGCACGCGGCAGGGGGGGUAUGCACUCGCAGCCCCAUAUGGGGGCGUGAAGGUCACGGUGGACGUGCGGGACGCCGAUGGCGGCAAGCCGGCGGCAGGCGCGCAGGUCACAUUAGUCAUUGUUGACCAGGCCAUCCUGGACCUCAUGCCUUAUGAUCUGAAGGAUCAGCCCAGUGCCAUCCAGCCCAACGAUGAUCUCUACCUGAAGAUCAAGGAGAUCAACGCCAACAGGGCCAGCCGUCAAGCCAUCAACACCACGUUUGGUGUGCUGGCGCGCCGCCUGGGCUUGGACCCCUGGCUGCCCCUGGACACCACCAUCACCAACAGCAUGUCCUGGCAGCAAGGCGGGUGGGGCGAGCAGUCCUACUACCCCACUACCAACCCGGUGGAUGUUCCAGAUGCAACCUACCUGCCGCGCUUCGCCACACCCGUCACUGUCACCCCCUUUUACUCGUGGGGCAUCACGCAGCGCUACCCGGCCAGCGCGCGCGGCAAGUCCGAGGGCAACGCGCAGCUGCGCCUCAGCGAGGACUUCAAAACGGUGCCCGUGUUCCUGGCUGUCCAGGCAGACGCUGAGGGCCGAGCCGUGGUGGAGUUCAAGGCGCCGCCCAACCUCGGGGCGUUCUCUGUGCGCGCCUACGCGGUCAGCAAGGGCGUCGCCGACGCGCCCAGCAAGUAUGGCGCAAACGAGACCAGACUCGUCGUCAGGCUGCCCGUGUCGCUCACGCCGGCGCUGCCCAGGAUGGUGCGUGUCGGGGACGUCUUUGAGGCCGGAGUCCUCGUCACCGCCCCCGACGCCGGCGCCACCCCCAUCACCGUGUCCAUCAAGGCCCACGUCACCGCCUCCUCCUCCGCCGCCGGCAACGAGGAGGCCGCCGCCGCCGCCGCCAGCACCCCCGCGGGGGACGCCGACGCGGCCGCGCGCCGCAGGCGGCGGCUGCUGGCGGAGCCCGUCGUGCCCGCGGGCCCGGCAGCUGCCAUCCGGCUUCUGCCCGAGGACCCGUACGCGCGCGAGGCAACCCUCAGCGGCGCAAAGCAGCAGCAAGAGGUCAGGUUCAGGUUCUCUGCCGGGGCGGUCGGGAGCGCGGGGCUGCGGUUUGAUGUGUACCUGAAGGGUAGCAGCAGCUCGACGGACGCGGCUGCAUACGACGUCCCCGUCCUCGGCCGCCAAGGGGAGCCUGGCACCAACGCGAGCGCGGGUCAGGCCGAGGGUUUGGCGCUGCCGGAGGCCGACCCUGGCAGUGGGUCUGUGGAUUUGGUGGCUGGGGUUGGCAACCUGCCGUUCCUCCAGUCCAACUACGACUCGCUGGUCAAAGAAGCCAGCCGCGACCCGCCACCAGACACGUACGCGCCGCGCGCCGUCGUCACGGCGGUCCUCCCGGCCCUCCUCGCGCGCUACCAAGCCGGCGCCGCCGCCGGCGCCAACGCGACCGCCGGCGGCUGGGCCGGCAACGCGACGCAGCUUGCAGCCAGCAAGGCAGCUGUCGGGCAGCUGGCCGGGGAGCUGACGGACCCGAAUCUCGGCCUGCUGUACUUCAGCCCUCAGACGCCCGGUGGGCCGGUGUACAAGCCCGAUGACGCCUCGAUUUCGCUCAAUGGCUGGGCCGUGUGGUUGCUGGCGCAGGCGGCAGCAGGAGGCGACGAGGUGCGGCGAUCCGAGCGGCUGACGUGGGGCCCCGCUUUCCUGGCGACCCUCCAGGCCCCCGCCGCCCGCUGGAAGGAGGCCAUCGGGCGCCAGCUCAUCAAGGAUGCCAAGCGCGUCAGGGCCAACCCCUACCCCAAUUAUGACCCCUAUGGCACCCAGCGCAAGCAGACCGACCCCAAGCCGCCGCCGGCGCGGUACCGCGACUGGGAGGACCUGUCGUGGGCGCGGCUGGCGCUGGGCGCGGGCUGGGCGCCGCCGAGCGGCACGGACGCGGGCGUCGUAGAGGACCUUGCCCUGCCGCGCCUCAUCGCCGCCGCCACGUCGCCCCGCAACGUCUCCAUCGGCACCGCCGCCCGCGUCGGCCUCGCGCUGCUCGCGGCCCCCGGCACCCCCGGCGCCAAGGACGCGGUCUCGGCGAUCUCUCGGAACCUCCAAAGCCAGAUCAGGGUCCAAGGGAGGACGGCCUACGUCGCAAUCUACCCCGACGCGGCGUUCUCCGCGUGGGCAGAGGACCAGGCGUGGGCGCUGGCAUUCCUCACCCAGGUUGCCCCCAAGGCCGGCCCCCAAGCUACAUUGAUCCAGAAGCUCUCGGUCGGCGUCGCCCGCGGCCUGCGGCAGGCGGGCGUCGGCCCCCUGUGCGUCAGCAGCGGCGGCCAGACAACGGGCGUGUCGGCGGCGGCGCUCGCCGCGUACGACCAGUCGCGCGGCUCGACGGCGCCAAAUGUGGCGGUGACAGUGACGGCGACCAACGCCGCCGGCGCGGAGAAGAUGCUUCUCGAGGCAAAAUUCACGCCGGCCAACGCGGGGCGUGUCGAGAGCACCUCCACACCAUGGGGCACGCUUCCGGCCAACGCAAGCGGGCUGUCGUUCGAGGCAGCGGGCCGCGGGGAGGUGUCAGUGGCUGCGGGCCUGAAGUUCACGCCCGCGCAGCUGCUGCCGUUCCCGACCUACCGGGGCCUGUGGGUCGAGAGGAUCAUCCAGACGGAGGCCGGCGAGGGCAACCUUGCCGCCGCCGCGGCCGGCAACAUCGUCACGAUCACCGUCCAGAUCACGACGCCGGAUGAUCUGGGCCAGGUAAUCGUCGAGGUCCUGAUGCCCGGCGGCCUCGAGCCGAUCGACCCUGCUGUCUACAAGGACCCCUCGCAGCAGCUGCAGUGCAACCUCGGGGACGGCGGCGGCAGCGGCUGGUACAGCCGGUGGUUCUGGUGCCCCCAGACCCAGGUGACGCCCAGCCUCGUAAAGAUCAACUACUACAACCGCCCCGCCGGGACCUCGAUCGUCUCCUUCAAGGCAACGGCCGCCACCCCAGGCACGUUUGCGCUGCCGCCGGUCAAGGCGUACGCCGUCGCGCAGCCCGAGGUUAUGGGCCUGUCCGCCGCCGGCACGUUCGUCGUCUGCCCCGCGCGGCCGCCGGCGGCGACGACGCCGCUAGUGAAGGACCCAGGCUUUGGCGGCGACGACGACGACGCGCGCUAUGCGGCCGGCCCUGGUGGCGCCGCGGCGGGCGGCAACCCGGCUGUGUUCGGCCCCGUGCCGGCAGUCUGCGCGUCCGCGGCGGCGGCCGUCAAGCCGCCGCUGGCCGCGGCCAAGGCUUGCCCGAAGGACUGCAGCGGGAACGGCGUGUGCAACCUCAAGAGCGGCACAUGCAUCUGCAGCCAGGGCUUUGCUGGUGCGGACUGCUCCAAGGCAAAAGCUUCUUGA